CUCGUUAUGAGGCAAUCACGGAAGCCCACAUGAAAGUUAAGGCUUCCUUUUUCCCCCAAAAAAAGAAUACAUGGCAAAAUACUGCUUCUCUUCCUGUUCUUUUUUGUUUUCCACUCCUUGUACACAUAUAAUAUUCCAUGCUUCACCGACUGCUAUCCCUUGAUACGCAUUCACGUCUCGAGCUUAUUGAGGACGUUGUCCGAGCUACCGUGUUUGUUCUUCCCGGUCGUUUUGAGGAUGCCGAACUAUGUGCUCAAUCAAUAUUGUCAGCUGUAAAUCUUUUAUGUUUGCGACAUACUCAUUGUCUUGUUCGUCAACAAAAUGAAUCGCUGACGGGAUUCAACGCACAUAUCGAACAACAAUAUUUGAAGCACAAACUUUGUCGAGCAGCUGCGCUGGCGCUCAGUACGGUGUCAUAUACUGAAGUCGUGGUUGAAAUGCUCGUGCAUAAAACGACAAAAAGUGUAUCCAGGCGUUGGCGCUGUAUCGCCAGUUUGGAAGGGGCAAAAGUGUUUCUACGACUCAUCCUGUUUUAUGCAACACGCAAACGAAUGGUAAUUCACCCAACUCAUUUUGCUCGAGCCGACGAAGACGACAAAAUCAGCCUCGCCACGCUGGAUACUCGCAUAGGCGUUCCUGCCUCAUCGACACUAUCUAGAUCAUUGCCGAGAGUCGGCUGGGCGCACUUGGCAGAAUUGCUAUGGAUAUUUCGGCCUCUCAUCUAUGUGGGCUUGAUGUGGAGAAGAAGCAAGCACAAAAAGACAAGCGAGAGUGAACAGACUAGCUGGAAACCGUGGCUCAUUUCUCUGGGUAUUGACCUAGCAGCACGGCUAGCUCGCGAAUUGCAGCCACAGACCCAACUGGAACGCGAAGAAUCAAAGCGACGAGAUUACUUACUGUUGUUCUAUCUCUUCCGACAACCAUUCUACGAUUUCUUUACAAAGCCAAUUGUAGAUUAUUUUUGCGAUGCAACAGAACAUCGUCCAAUGAUUUCGAUUUUUGCAGCAGCACUCAACGAUUAUCGACCAUUUUGGGAGCACUAUUACUUUUGUACUUCUGGAUCAUAAAGAGAUAGUACACUUUGCGGACAGUAUUAGCAGUAGUAUUCGUCAUUCAAUAUAUCAUUUUCAUUCUAGAAGUAGUUAAAUGGGAAGGGGGAAAUAACAGUGUUGUGUGAGCGUGCUAUAGAUGAAGAUUAUUUAAGUGCGUAUAUGGAUGUAAUUGAAUGAGGG